GCAUCCUAACCGCCUUUUUCACCACCACCUUAAUACCCCCCCCCUCACAGCCAAAAUGGAGAACGACCGUGGCGAGAUUGUCGACCUCUACGUCCCGCGCAAGUGCAGCGCUACCAACCGCAUCAUCAAGGCCAAGGACCACGGCUCCGUCCAGAUCUCCAUCGCCAAGGUUGACGAGAACGGCCGCGCCGUCCCCGGCGAGAACCACGUCUAUGCCCUCUGCGGCUUCAUCCGCGCCAUGGGCGAGUCCGACGACUCUCUGAACCGAUUGGCCCAGCGCGACGGUCUCGUCAAGAGCGUCUGGAGCGCUCAGCGAUAAAUCUUUUCCAUUUUGUUGCAAAUCACGAAAAAAAGAAGACAUGGAGGAGGGAUUAGCUCGGGUAUGAAGGCAGGCGUGGAAACUAGAGUUGGCUGCAUAUAGCAAAUCCAAUUCAAGGCGUUUUGGCUCCGUUUCGAGACAAUUCUGGCGACAAUGAAGUAUGCGACGCGGACGUGACGUUGAUUUGAACAUU